AUGGCGGAUUUCCCUCCACUGGCACCGGUACCUCCCCCCGCAGUCCGGAGGACCAUCCCAUCUGAUGACUGGGAAGCAUGUCUGGAUGCAUGGAUGAUGCUACUGAGCAUUCGUUUGAAUGCCAAUGAUCAAAAAUUCAAGCUUGCUGCUCCUCAAGACCUGCCGGCUAUCUCGUUCUUAGAGUCUUUCUAUGAAAAUGCCGCAGCAGGUGACCAGGGUCUACAAUCUGGACCUAAAGCUCGAAACCUUCGGAAACUAUGCUUUUUAACGACAAGACGGUAUCUUUUGACUCUUUCCAAUCCUCCAGUUGAACUAUUCAACUGGAAACUUCUCGGAAAUAUAUGCUGCUGCUACCCGUCAAGCACGGCAUUAAAGACGUCUCUAUCAGAAACAUGGGACAUACACCAUGAAAAGAUAUCAUCCAGCAUAGAAGGUGCCAAAUCACUCGUAAUCGACCGACUAUCUUCAGGGAAUCCAUCAGCAGUGGCCAAUGUCAUCACAGACCUUCGAAGAUUGACAGUACUGGCUUCAGUAUUGCCGUCUUGCGGCCAGGUCCUAAUGGCAGGGUCCGACUUUCUGGAUACACUGGCAGAAUCCUACCAAUCAACAAAGACUCGAAAUGAGCUUCGAAAGAUUCUUGUCGCAAAUCUCUACGUGGGGCUUAUCUCGUUACUGAAAGAAUCCUCAGCCAAUUUGUCGCUUUUACUGGACCAGCUGUUCAGUCUAAAGGCCGUCGCAGGAGUGGACACGCCAAAAAUGAAAGGCAAGGCAACAAUUCUCUCGGAUCUUAUUUGUAGUUCCGACCUGCUGCAACGACUUGAAAAGUAUCUCAACAUCCACCCUCAAAAACGAGGUGAAGAUCUCCUCUCCAGUCUUCGCGUCUACCAGAUAGAGUCAAAACACUUGCAUCACCGAUACCAAAGGCGAAGAAAAAUGGACAAGGGCAAAAGCCCGUCAUCUGGUCUACAGAUCGAAGACGAGAUCCACGCACACAAAAUGUCUCUCGUCUUGCAGGUCCAAGACCUCUUCCCGGACCUGGGCUCCGCCUUCAUCGUGCGACUCCUGGACGUCUACAACGACAAUCCUGAAACUGUGAUUUCCCAUCUCCUGGAUGACUCACUCGCUUCAGAACUCCAAUCUCUGGAUCGAACCGAACAACUCCCACCUCAAGCAGGACCAAAACACGAAUUAGCGCCUCGUCCAACACCUCCCGUAUUCUACUCGCCACCCCUGGAGCCAAUCUCAGAACGCAGGAACGUCUUCGACCGAGACAUCGAUAUCGCAGAACUAAGCAUUUCAGGAGAGGCAAAGGGCAAACUACGUUUCGGCCGCGCAGACCCUGAUCUUACCGCCGACGAAGUCCUAGCAGACCGCAGUCAACACGCAACAAACAAAGCAGCCAUUCUCUCCGCACUCGCAGCAUUCGACUCAGAUGAUGACGAGCGUGACGACACAUACGACGUUGCAGACGUGGGAGGGACCGUUGACGCCGUUACAGCAGGUGUCGAUGCAGACGCAGAAGCCGAAGCGCGGAACCAGCGUGCAGCCGCUGAGAAUAUUGAUAUGAUACUACUUCGCGCGUACAAGUCCAACCCUGCGCUCUUCGCUCGGGAUGCUACAACGCGUCGCUCGCAGCCUCGCGCCCAGCUCAAGCGUGAGACUAAUAUGAUGGACGAGGCGAUCGAAGGCUGGGCUGUUAUGCUUGCACGGGAUCCAAAGCGUCUUGCUAAGCUUGAGAACCUACUUGCUGAUGGUUUCGGUGGCUCUGUGAGUGGUUCGCUGAACCAGCCCACUCUGUCUUCUACUUCGUAUCGCAGGCCGCGUGCUGGAGAUGAGCAAGAUGACUCUGAGUCGUCUGGUGGACCUGCAGGUCAUGGAGGACAAGAUAGAGGCAGAGGUGGACGGAGCCGUGGGGGAAGAGGUGGGAGAGGUGGGCGAGGAGGUGGUCCGCCUGGGGGACAGGGAGAGCAAAGUAACCCGGCAGCGCAUAGGAGGAAGGAAGAAAAUAAGGCCAGCCGAGCUAAUCAUAACCGGCGCCAGCAGCGGGCAAAGAAAAUUGCGCGUGGAGGUGGGAUGCCGGGAUAA